AUGGCGGCGGCGGGCGAGCCGGAGGUGAUCCGGGACAAGGCGGCGAUGCGGGCGUGGUCGCGGCGCCGCCGCGCGGAGGGCAAGACGGUUGUGCUGGUGCCCACCAUGGGCUUCCUCCACGAAGGCCACCUCUCGCUCGUCUCCGCGGCGGCCAACGCCUCCGCGGGGGCCCCCGUCGCCGUGGUCGUCUCCAUCUACGUGAACCCCAGCCAGUUCGCGCCCACCGAGGACCUCGCCACCUACCCCUCCGACCUCGCCGGCGACCUCCGCAAGCUCGCCUCCACUGGCGCCGUCCACGCCGUCUUCAACCCCCCAGACCUCUACGUCCGCGGUACCUCCGGUUCCGGGCGCGCGGCUAUCUCGGGUUCCUGCCUGGAGGAGGCGGCGGGGGGCCACGAGACCUGGAUUCGGGUGGAGCGGCUGGAGGUGGGGCUGUGUGGGAGCAGCCGGCCGGUGUUCUUCCGUGGAGUGGCCACCGUGGUGUCCAAGCUGUUCAACGUCGUCGAGCCUGACGUCGCCGUCUUUGGGAAGAAGGAUUAUCAGCAGUGGCGUCUCAUCUGCAGAAUGGUUCGUGACCUUGACUUUGCCAUAGAGAUCAUAGGAUCAGAAAUAGUGCGCGAAGCCGAUGGUCUUGCCAUGAGCUCUCGCAAUGUGCACCUAUCGCGUGAGGAAAGGGAGAAGGCGUUAUCCAUUAAUAGAUCAUUGGUAAAUGCUAGAAGUGCUGCAUUGAAAAAUAGCAACAUUGCUAGCCAACAUAUGAAGAAUCAAAUAGCGCAGACACUGUCUGAAGCUGGUGGUCGGGUUGACUAUGUUGAGAUCGUGGAGCAAGAAAGUCUGGUACCUGUGGAUACCAUCGAUCGCCCCGUCGUCAUCUGUGUUGCCGCAUGGUUUGGAAAGGUUAGGCUGAUCGACAAUAUCGAGAUCCAUCCGGGAUUCUGAGGGUUCUACUAGGGCCUUGGAAAUGUAUUCUUUAUCAAAAUAAAGGACCAUGUUGUACACUGCAAGUCUGUAACAGCCACAUGCAGAGAACUUGUAGGGUACCUGCUAUAACUUCCUCGGUAUUUGUUUGAGUAAUCAACGUCUUCGGCAGACUGAAGUUACUAGCUCCUGCUUUCCCGCCAAGGCACCGUGUUCAAGGUACUCAAAGUUCUUCCCCAGUGCUUUUCUUGAGUUUUGCCAUGGCCUGACCUGGCAAUAUCACCCUUGGCCGGGCUCCUGACAAAGUGUCAAGCAUGCAGGCAUGGCUCGUCCCACACCAGCGAUGACCUGCACCUACCGUCCCAGGCAUCUGCAUAGCCUAUGGUGUGUUCGUGUCGAUCUGCAUCGGAGAAGGCACCACGCGGAAGAUACUUGCGCUUGACACUGGUGCCAGCAACUUACUUACAGGUGAUGUGCAAGCCGUGCCGAUUGGUCAACACUUGAGCAUGACAUGUGUGUAUCAUUGUUUCACAAACAUUAUGCUUCUGUUUCCAUUUGAGUAUAAGAUAAGUGCAGUUCCUCUUUGCCAGCA